UGUGACGGGAGUUGUUGCCGGCUCUGUCACUGAGGCCGACAUGAAACUGCUGCAACUGGGCUGCUCGGUCCCGGCUGCUCGGUCCCGGCUGAUACAGGCCUCUACUCGUCUUGUCUGUAGUCAGCUGAGGGUUUUCAGUACACUGCCAGAUGAAAAGAAGCAACUCCUAGAAGAGGGGCCUGACCUGCGGGAGUUUAUAUCCGGUGAAUUGAGAGACAAGCAAUCAUGGGAAGAGUAUAAGGGGAACCUGAAGCGUCAAAAAGGAGAAAGACUAAGAUUACCUCCAUGGUUGAAGACAGAGAUUCCUCUUGGAAAAAAUUAUAAUAAAUUGAAGAAUACUCUUCGGAAUUUGAAUCUGCACACUGUAUGUGAAGAGGCAAGAUGCCCAAAUAUUGGAGAAUGCUGGGGAGGAGGUGAAAAAGGCACUGCUACAGCCACCAUUAUGUUAAUGGGUGACACCUGCACAAGAGGCUGCAGGUUCUGUUCAGUAAAAACCAGCCGAAAACCCCCACCAUUAGAUCCCGAUGAACCAUUCAACACGGCAAAUGCAAUAGCAGAGUGGAAUCUUGACUAUGUUGUAUUGACCUCUGUGGACAGAGAUGAUCUUCCAGAUGGUGGAGCAAAACACUUAGCAGCAACGGUAUCACACUUAAAAGGAAGACAUUCUAAAAUUAUAGUGGAAUGCCUGACCCCUGACUUCAGAGGUGACCUAAAAGCUGUUGAAACAGUCGCAGCCUCUGGACUUGACGUAUACGCACACAAUGUGGAGACUGUCCGGGAACUGCAGAGGACUGUUCGGGACCCUCGGGCAAAGUUUGAUCAAUCGCUGAGUGUAUUAAAACAUGCAAAACAGGUGAAACCUAGUCUUCUUUCAAAAACAUCCAUAAUGUUGGGACUAGGCGAGACUGACGAACAGGUGUAUGCAACUCUGAAAGAACUACAAGAAGCUGGUGUGGAUUGUGUAACGUUGGGACAGUACAUGCAACCAACAAAGCGACAUCUAAAGGUGAAUGAGUACAUAACUCCAGAGAAGUUUAAAUACUGGGAAAAUGUGGGGAAUGAGCUUGGAUUCCUGUACACAGCAAGUGGACCCCUGGUGCGGUCUUCGUACAAAGCAGGUGAAUAUUUCUUGAAGAAGAUACUUAGUGAAAGAACGCCUGAGAUGACUUAGGUGAUUCUGAAAACAGUCGAAUCUAUCACAUUGUACACCAAGAUGUGUUUUUUUGUAUUUUGCUUCCAAGUAUUGCACCUAAUUUUAUUUUGUUAAUUUGUUUAUGGGCUAUGGGAAAGUUUGCUUUUAUGAUCCAUCCAUAAUUGCUCUGGGAAGGUGGCGAUGGAUGGUAUUGAACCACUGUAAUCCUUGUGGUGAUGGUGUUAGGUCGGGAAUGUAGACAUCCAUUAUCAACCAUUUAUUGCUGUACAGCCUCUCCCAGGGGUGACUUUAUCUUUUAAUUAAAAAUCAGUUUAAAUUUUGACUGGAAUUUGGAAGAUGCAUUCCACAAAUAUUCAGUGGAAUUCCAAUACAUUGCAUUUUUUGAGCGAAUUAUACUGUGGAAACAAACCAGCUGAUUUGGUGACUAAAUACAAUGGUUGUUUGUACAGUUGGAUCAUUGUGCAGGAGUUUGUCUUGUUUAAUCAUUUGCUGAGUUCAUCACUAUUUAUUUGUGAAAUAAAUGGUUACAGUGCAGGAGAAGGCCUUAUGGCCUGUUGUGUCUGUGCGGCUGUCCGUAAAAGCAAUUCAAUUCGUCCCACUCUUUUGCCUUUUCCCCCAUAACCCUGUAAUUGUUUCCUCUUCAGGUGCUUAUACAAUUCCCUUUUGAAAGCCAUGAUUGAAUCCACGUCCACCACACUGUCAGGCAGUGCAUUCCAGAUACUAAACACACUCUGCACAAAUAAGUUUUUCCUUAUGUCGCAUCUAGUUCUCUAGGCAAUUACCUUAACUUAGUGUCCUCUGAUUCUCAACCCUCCACCAAUGGAAACAGUUUCUCCCUAUCUACUCUGUCCAGACCCCUCAUGAUUUUGAACACCUCAAUCAAAUCUCCUCUCAACCUUCCCUUCUCUAAGGAGUACAGUCCCAGAUCCACAUAACUGAAGUUUCUCAUCCCUGGAGCCAAUUUUAUAAAUCUUUUCUGCACUUUCUCCAAUGUCUUCUCAUCCUUCCUAAAUUGUGGUGCCUAGAAUUGGACACAGUACACCGGUAGAGCCAAAAACAUAUUUUUUAAAGGUUCAUCUUGACUUCUUUGUUUUUAUGCUCUAUGCCUCUAUUUAUAAAGCCUAGAGUUGGGAUUUUCUGGCCCCGUCGCGGUGGGACCCACCACGGGAGAUUCAGCGGCCCAGCCAAAAGUCUAAUAACUUUCGGCUGGGCCGGACAAUCCCAGCGGCUGGCGGGGGCAGAAAAUUCCACCCUAGGAUUCUGUAUGCCUUAUUAACUGCUUCCUUCUCCUGUCCUGCCACUUGCAAUGAUUUAUCCCUCUGUUUCUAUAUCCCUUUUUUAAUCCCUUCUAAAUCGUAUGCUUCAUAAUGUCAUCAGACAUGCACUAAUAUGAUCAAUUAAAAUGUUGUACUUGUGCAACAUUCAAGCUAUUUAAUUUGAUGUAAAAUGAAUGCACAUAACUGAAAACUGGGUGGAGUGGCAGAAUAUUGACCUGCCUACUGUGAAACUGUAUUGUGAUAUUAUACUGUACUCUUAUUCUAUAAAAACAGGCAUGUAAUGAACUAAAAUUGAUAUUGUUAAUAAAAACAAGUACAACACAGAAA